CUGAGAGGCACUGCUGCGCCUUCUUACUCGCAGGCACAGGCGGACAGAAAGAGGCAGCCAGCAGCUUUCGAGUCCCCGAUCCCAUCUUCUUGUGCUGCUCGGCACACAUUCCUUCUCAUCUGCACAUGUAAGCGACACCAUCCUCUAAACACAAGAAGCUGGGGGACAACCUCCGACACAGCAACCGGCUCGCCUUGUCUCACUCUCUACUUACUUUUCCGCUGUCCAUGCUGCUCCGCUGCCGGCGUCUUCUUGCCAAAGCUCCUGCACUUGUAAAGUGUCUGCGAGGAUAAAAAAAAAGCAAAAGCAAACGGGGCAUCGUGAGUCUCCAAGGGAUUGUUUUAAACACUCUUAUCUUCUCUGCCAGUCAAAGGAGAGGUGAACUUCAAUGAAUUUAUGCCAGAUGGAAGAGAAGAACGGGGCGUCACCGUUAUAAGCUACAUUACUAGUUUCUACACCAAGAAUGACCUUUCUUUGACAGGCUGUAUGCUAUAAGCAGUUCUGCUGGCCCCAGCUCCUCCCUGUGACUGACCUGCCACUGCCGUCACCCACUUCAGUCCUGCAUUUUGCUGAUUUUCAUUUCAGGGGACAAGGCACAUCUGAAAAUGGACUUACACCGAGCCGCCUUUAAGAUGGAAAGCUCUUCCUAUCUGCCAAACCCUUUAGCAUCUCCAGCAUUGAUGGUCCUGGCCUCCACUGCAGAAGCCAGCCGUGAUGCAUCAAUCCCCUGCCAGCAGCCACGUCCUUUUGGCGUUCCUGUGUCUGUCGAUAAAGAGGUGCACAUUCCCUUCACUAAUGGCUCCUACACCUUUGCCUCCAUGUACCACCGCCAGGGAGCUGUUCCGGGAGGGUUCCCUAAUCGUGACUUUCCUCCUUCCCUUCUGCAUCUUCACCCCCAGUUUGCACCUCCUAAUCUAGACUGCUCCCCAAUCAGCAUGCUUAAUCACAGUGGGGUAGGCGCCUUCCGGCCUUUUGCCUCAGUUCCAGAUGACCGUGAUGGCAGCGGCUACCAGUCAGCAUUUACUCCUGCCAAACGCUUGAAAGGCUGCUUGGAGGCAGAUGCCUCACCCCACCUGCGCUAUUCAGAUGCUGAUGGGAAGGAGUAUGACUAUGGUGGCACACAGAUCCCAUCCAGCUCUCCUGGGUCAUUAAAGGCCAGUGAAGAUGCUGGGAAGAAAAUCUUUGCAGUGUCCGGUCUUCUGUCUGAUCGCGAGACCUCCUCUAGUCCUGAGGAUCGCAAUGAGCGCUGCAAGAAGAAGACAUCGUUGUAUGACAGCCAAGCCCCAAUCUGCCCAAUUUGUCAAGUGCUACUCAGGCCAGGAGAGCUCCAAGAUCACAUGGAACAGGAGAUGGACCGGCUUACCCAACUUCACCUCAGUAAAAACGCCACAUUAAAGGACAGCCUACCUCCCAGCACCCCAAAGUCCGUUUUGCUAUCUGUGCAUAUAAAACGGGAAGGAGAGUCACCAACAGCAUCACCUCUCUCAUCAGAAGACAUUCAUCACUCCGACAGAUAUCAGACGUUUUUACGAGUGAGAGCGAACAGGCAGACGCGACUCAAUGCUCGGAUUGGGAAAAUGAAGCGGCGGAAACCAGAGGAUGGGCAGGUAUGUCCACUGUGCAGCUCACCGCUGACAGGGACAGAGGAGGAGAUGAGUAGGCAUGUGGAGCAUUGCCUGUUUAAGACUUUCCUCUGGCAGAGAGAGAGUGCUGGUGGAACAGAGGAUGACUCUGUUGACAUUGAUGGUGAGAAUGGAAAUCGUUUUGAAGAGUACGAGUGGUGUGGACAGAAGCGAGUACGUGCCACCUCUCUUCUUGAGGGUGGUUUCCGAGGUUCUGGGUUUGUAACAUGCAGCAGUAAAGAAAACCAUGACAGUGAUGCAGAUCUUGAUGUGGAUGGAGAUGAUACUUUGGAAUAUGGGAAGGCACAGUACACUGAAGCAGAUAUCAUACCUUGCUCUGGGGAGGAGCCUGGUGAAGCUAAGGAAAGGGAAGCAUUGCGUGGUGCAGUUUUAAAUGGUGGUACACCUUCCAACCGAAUUACACCAGAAUUUUCGAAGUGGGCUAGCGAUGAAAUGCCUUCAACGAGUAACGGGGAAUGCAACAAACAAGAUACCACAGCAGUCACACAAAAGACUUGUAAAAACAGUGACAUUGAAAAAAUCACAGAAGACUCUGCCGCAACAACGCUCGAAGCACUGAAGGCUCGCAUCCGGGAGCUAGAGAAGCAGCUUUCAAGAGGAGAUCGAUACAAAUGUCUCAUUUGUAUGAGGAAGAAAUUCCAAACAAGUGCUGAAGACAAGGGUGUGGAAUCCGAAAGUGUCAAAUCUGACAGUCUGUUUGCAAAGAAACUCCCUCUGAACAUUUACUGUUUUUAUAGAGGAUACAUAAUGAGGUGCAGUGGAAUAAGUCGCUUUUUCCCAACAAAGAGGGAUUCCUAUACAAUGCCUCUAACCUCAAUUCAGUGCUGGCAUGUACACUGUGAAGAAUGCUGGCUUCGAACUUUGGGCGCAAAGAAACUUUGUCCACAGUGCAACACUAUCACAUCUCCUGGUGACCUCAGACGUGUCUACUUAUGAAGAAACAGCUAGCUGGCUGGCCAUUACAGAUGGUUUCUUCAAAUAUUCAAAUUGUUUAGUUUCUUUUUCACGUUUCAUUUUUGAGGCCAGUAUUAAGUACACCUCCCAAAACUAAAGAAGCCAAAUUACUUUGUUUGGAUUUUGGACCUUAAUGGAGGUGGCUUACCAAUUCUGCCUCAGUAAAAGAAAAAAGUUUUUUUUUUUCUUUUUUUCUUCAUAAACACAUCAUGACCUAAAUCAUGCAGAUUCUGACUUUUUGGCUUUCUUCUCCUAGGCCAUGUAAGGCUAUCAUAGACUGGUAUCAUUACCAGAUUCAGAUAGUUGUCCGUUUUUCCUGCACUUUCAGUAAUAUGGAUUUUAUGGGAAGGUGCCAGCCACAUGUCAUUUUGGCCAUCACUUUUUCUUGUUGAACUUGUACCAUAUGAACUGGUCCUUUAGGAAAAGACAGAAGGUGGUUUUGGAGGCAGUAUGCUGAAGGGAGAGUUCUUCUGAGACUAUGGGACCCAAUUGCUCUCCACAAAACACUGACCUUUACAUCCCCUUCAUUAUUUAAUUUUGUGUUUUUUCUUGUGUGUUGUGUAGUGAAAAUGAUAAUUCAACCAAAUUAAAGCAAAAGAAAAAACACAGAGCAAGUGAAGCACAUGUAAUAUAGUCUAUGUAUGUUUACAAUGUUGUGUAUAAAUGGAAUAGAAUUAAAAAUGGACACACGCAUAGACACAAAUAUACUAAUAUGGUCUGAAUUUGAUUUAGUUUUAUUAUUAUUUUCUUUAAGAUGGGAAGGGGUAUGCUAAUGAAACUAAAAACACAAAGUAAAUGACCCUUUGUGUUUUAAACAGAUGCCUCCUUGUGGUUGGUGGUGUUAUUUAAUGUACAGAAAAAGUGAGUAACAUUUCACAGUUCCUCAAUGUAAAAUCUCUUCAUUUAAAAAAAAAAUCAGAUGUAAAUUAUUUAAAAAAAAUAGAUUAAAAAUACAUAAUAAAAUUAAAAGUUUAUAGACAAAUCUUGUUUGGUUAUAGUUAAAAGGCUGUUUGUAAGUUAGGCCACAUCUUAGAAUAAAGACAAAUUCUCACUUUUCCACUGCAAUUGUUAUGUCAUUUCUUGACAACCAAAUUGCUUUUAUUUGUUGUAUAUUGUCUUCCAGACACCAAAGCUUAAAACUAGUCUGGAGAAGUUUUGUCUUUUUAUAACAAACAGUUGGCAAUUUCUUGUGGCUUCUUUAAGAAUGAUGGGAAAUGUGUGGCCUGGCUGGAAUAUUGAGGCUCCAGUCUUUAAGAAGUGACUAUUGCAUCAGUGCAAAGCUAACCAUAGGAUUGUCCCAGUUCACUUAGUGACAUCAUCAUAAGACAAAGCCUUUGCAUAACACCUUUGAAGAAUCCUGUGAAAUGUAAUUCUUUUGUGCCUCACUCAGCAAACACACUCUUCUUGCAGGGCAGUAGUAGGUUGUGGUGUGGAUGUUUCAAACCCAGUGGUCUUUUGUUAUUCAGAAAUAUGAUUUUAUUUUUUUAAAGUUCAUAAUUUUUUUCUUUAUUGCAAAGUUCUUUCAUCUCCUUGCAAAUCAGCAUAUUUUUUCCAAAGAUGGUAAAUAAUGGCAAUGUAUAUUUAGUUUAGGAUUAAUGCUUAUAUCGUAAUACUUUGCGUCAUGUCAUUCCUAAGGCUGAAAUUACCCUUCUUGUAUUGCUGACACUUUAGCCUUCUACCCAGUAAAGAGUCUAAUUAUUAAUUGUAUGGCUUGGUUCCAGCUCAAGUUUUAUUCAAGAACAUGUGUUGUACUUUUGUGAAGAAAUUUACCAAAAUCAGUUAUUUCCAAAAGUAGUGAAUUGUUUUUGGUGGUUCUAAAGUGGGUCUUUUGAUAUUUCUUUGAAAGUAAUAGUAUGUGUAAGUUUAUCCAACUGUUUUUUUAACAAAAAUUUUCCUUUAGCAGAUGUCAUUUACAUGGCAUCCAUGUGCACAGGGCAUGAAUUAUACCUAGGCAAAUCACUAUACAGUUUAGAAAUUGUGCUAUUUAUAUACCCAUAUGACUCCUUAUUUGUCAUUAAAAUCUGUUUAUUAUCAAUAGGUGAUGAAUCUUAAAUACUUGACCUGAAAUUGAGUUGUAAAUUUUAGAUUAGUAUUAUCUGCUGUAAAAAAAGUAAGAAAUUUAAAAAGGGGGCUCCAUUAGAUUUAUGAAUAUGCAUAUUGUUUGCAGUUUUUGUUAGUUUAUAAACCUUUCCUUACAGAGAUUUCAAGAAUUGGGUAUGAAUGAUUAUGUAAAGCAGUAUAAUUCAGAAACCUUGUAUCAAAGCACUCUAUAGAUUUUAAGAGAUGAAAGGUGACUUCUGUGCUAUCUGUAUCCUAAAUUUCAUUUAUGGGAUUUUUUCUUUUUUAUGGUGAUGCAACACCUUUAGUAUGAAGUUUGUAGAUUGUCAUUAUUCCAGAACUGUUUGUCUGGUAUAAUCAUCUUUAAACCAUUUUAAAUUCACCCUGUGUAAUUACAUCUACUAAGCAAUAACUUACAAAAUACAGGCUAUAUUUUGUGGUCUGAGCAGAAGAACAACACCAUGACUCUCAACAUUUUGUUAAAAAAAGUUCAUGUCAUAUAUGGUCUUUCUUUACUGGUUUGUGUCUAAUAAUAAACAAUAUAUGUACAUUGCCAUGCUAAAAAUCUGUAUAUAAUGAAGUGUUUUUUAUGAUUUUUUUUUUUUUUUAUUUAUUUUAUGUAUCGCACUUUUUCAGAAAUGAUGCUGGGUGGAGAGUAUUGGGCCCUGCGUUUUUUUCCCCACUGUGGCAGAGAUCUGCUUUAUUAGUAUUUCGCUGAACAAAGUUGUACUUUGUGUUUGUAAAUCAGUAUGUAUUCUGUAAUAUUUGUUUUUAUGUACACAAAAUAAAGUAUGUCAUCCUUGUAUAGAACAUUGUUAAAAAAAAAACAUUUUGAAGGUCAUCUGUGUCAAUGGUUGAAUACUAUUGUCCUUUGAAACAGUCUGCUAUUGAGCCUUCAUUUUAGUAACAGCCCUCCAAUGUGCUUUAUUUGAAAUAUUCUGAUCAUCAUACCCCCCUCCAGAUGCUUAGCUGCAGAAUAUUAUCAUUAAUGCUUCAAGGUUUUUGCAUGAUUUUGAACCUUGUACUGCCUCAUAGCCACUAAAAACAUGCCUUGACCUGAACAUGAAGUGAGGGGUGUCCCAUUAUUGAUAUUUUAGUAAUUAUAUAUGCAAAUAAUAUGAGUUAAUUGAUCUGAAAUUUUCUGGAUUUUACUGGCUAUAUUUUAAAAAUGGAGGCAGGGUUAAGGUGGGCAGGAAGAGCUAUGUGUGUGUUUUUGUUUGCCUUCAAGUCUUAAAUGCCAGCCUAAUGUUGUCAUAUUUGGUAGUAAUCACUUCACUAACCCAAGGGUGUUUUUUUUUUCCCCUAAUCAAUUGAUGUAAUUUUCUGUCUCCCUCGAAUGCUUUAGUAACCAUUAAGGUUACAAGAAUAGCUCUCCGGUUCUGGCUUGCCUCUUCCCACUCUCCCUCAUAUGCUACAAUUCUACAGUUUGGCAUGAGCUGAUGAUUGGUAAGGUCACAUUGGUCAGCUGAGCCAACAUUUGUGACUUGUUUUGUGUGUCAGUUUCAUGUUGGAGCCUUUAAAUAGCCUAAAUGAAGGCCUAAGUUAUCCAAACAGAAUUAUGAUGAACCAAACCAAAAUAUUUUAGAAUCAUCACAUACGCAGUCGGUUAAACUUGUUGAACCUAAGGCCUCUUUUUUUUUCCCCCAUGGUCAGUCUUCCUUCUGCUUCCACUACUACAUAUUCUAAUACCACUGACUAAAAUUUGCCCCAAAGAAGGUAACUUGCACAAGGUGGUUUUUUUCAGUUGUGUCAAGUGAUGUGUAUAAUGUAUACUAUUCUAAAAUGGUACUUGUCUUUCCAGUUUGUAAACUACAUUUGACAUCAAUUAAAGGGUCAUAAGUCUUACCCGUAAA